GUUUCAGUCACUCAAAAUCAAACUGAAAAGGGAAAGAGACCAGAAAAGUGAAAACGUUUGGUUACUUUUCUUCACCAGCAGUAACACUAACACCAAACAACUCUUUCUUUCACCUAUCAACUUCUUCUUCUCACCGCAUAAUAACAUCAUUCAUACAAUUCGAUUCAAAAUUCAAUUCGAAAUGCGUAGUAAAGGAUCAUCGAACCACAAACUCUCCACUAUGGCUAAUCGAUCCCGAAUUCCUUCACUAUUCAUCUCCAUGUUCGCUACUUUCGCUACUAUCUACGUCGCCGGAAGAUUAUGGCAAGACGCAGAGAAUCGUGUUUAUCUCAUCAAAGAGCUUGAUAGAAUCACUGGUCAGGGACAAUCUGCUAUAUCGGUGGAUGAUACAUUGAAGAUCAUAGCUUGCAGGGAACAACAUAAGAAGCUUGAUGCGCUUGAGAUGGAACUUGCUGCAGCUAAACAAGAGGGUUUUGUUUCUAAGGGCUUGAUUGAGACGAACGGGACUUACUCUAAGAGAAGGCCCUUGGUAGUCAUAGGUAUACUGACAAAGUUUGGUCGGCAGAAGAAUAGAAAUGCCAUUCGUAAGGCUUGGAUGGGAAGUGGUGCAGCUUUGAAGAAAAUAGAAGAGGGAAAGGGCAUCGUUGUGCGAUUUGUUAUUGGUAGAAGUCCAAAUCGUGGAGACAGUCAGGAUAAAGACAUUGAUCGUGAGAAUAGGUUGACGAAUGACUUCCUAAUUCUAGAUGAUCAUGUAGAAGGAAACCAGGGACACCCAGAGAAGGCUAAAUUGUUUUUUGCUCACGCUGCAGAUGAAUGGGAUGCGGAGUUUUAUGCUAAAGUCAAUGAUGAUGUUUAUGUAAAUAUUGAUGCCUUGGGAGCUACACUUGCAACUCAUUUGGACAAACCCCGUCUUUACAUUGGAUGCAUGAAAUCAGGCGAAGUUUUCUCUGAACGGAACCAUAAGUGGUAUGAACCAGAAUGGUGGAAGUUUGGUGACAAAAAAUCAUAUUUUCGUCAUGCAUCAGGAGAGACAUAUGUCAUAUCACGAGCUUUGGCGAAAUUCAUAUCAAUAAACAGAUCUAUUCUUCGUACCUAUGCCCAUGAUGAUGUUAGUGCUGGAUCCUGGUUUAUUGGACUUGAUGUGAAGCAUGUUGACGAAGCAAAGUUUUGUUGCUCGUCUUGGUCGACAGGAGCAAUUUGUGCAGGUGUUUGAGUUUAUUCCAGUGCAUUGUUAUGAGAAGACUACCGAUGUAAAAUACAAGAUACCUUGAAAGUUGCCUCUAGAUUUGGAAGUCCAUGCUUACGUUAACCCGGACGCACAUUUGGCAAAUUGAUCAGUUCAAGGCAUCUGACAUAGUAUACAACAAAAAAUUUACCUCACCUAUAAGUUUUUUUGUUCCAUUUUAUGGUUCUUUCAUUUGUUCAUGGGUAUAGGAGAGGAAGAUAACUCUUCUCUUGUCAGAAGAACUUCCUAAAUGUAAUCUGUUUUUAGGAGUGACAUGGUGUCCUGUGGAUAUUUUUUGUACAUGGUAUACUGCUGGGAAUUGAGUCACGGGACAAGUGCUCCAUGUAAUAUUAUUUUGAAGUCCUUUUUUUUUCUUUUCAA